AUGAAUCUGUUACUGUUCUGGCACAGUGAGAUCACCAAGGAGGAGGUGAAGGGGCAUAAUAUGUACACGGUGGAAAUCGACCCCACAGAUUACAGGUACUUACUGCUUUUGCGAAGAUUGCAUGAGGAACAAUUUUGGACAUGAUUUAAUUAUGUACGUACAAGUAGAUGCUUUCAUACUGCUCUGCAUGGCAGGAUGACAGAUGAACAAGUGGGAUGUCGUACAACCUCAAUAUGAAGCAAGAAAUGCAAAAUCGAAAAAUCAAGAAAAACAUUAAAAAAAACACACAUCCAGGUUUACCCACAUUUUCGAAGUCCUAAACCUUUCUGGCUUCGUCGACCAGGUGGUGAAAGUUGGCAUUGUCAACGGCAACACGGGGCUCGGCGAGGUCGAGUGGAUCACGUACCCAAGGAAUGACUUGCUCCGUCAGAAACUGGAAACGGGCGACGUGAAGUACCCCGUUUGCCUCCACGUCACCUCCGUGAGCCCGGAGGAGCUGCAGCCCCAGGAAAAAAUCCAACCCGGGGAAGAGGAGAUUGACGCAAAGCAGUUGUUGAGCACAAGGGGAAUCGGACGGGAGCAGGACGAUGAUAGUUAUCUGCCCUAUGUGUUGGAAAACCGAAAAACGCUGAUCUGCAAGCGGGUCGGCCCCAGCUACGGUCGCCGGGAGCCGCAGUUCGAUCUGGACGGGUUUCUCGCGGCCAAAUCGGAACAGGACGGGGAGCCGCCAAACAAGAGGUCAAGGUCCAACAGCCUGGCCAGUAAUACCCCGCAGAUGUCACCCGUGAAAUACUCGGGGGACAAGAAGCUCGUGCACUUUAUCCAGAGGUACUAGCCAUAGCCGCUAUGUUCCUCUUUGAGUUUUUUGCUUUUACUUUUGUUUUGAUGUUCACUUGGUAAUGUUAGCCAGUGCCAGUGACAUCAGUUUCAAUAGCCAUCGAUCUACUUGUGAGCGAAUGCAUUAAUAGUUACUUGCGCCACAUCUACAUCAGGCGACAAUUCCGUUUGUUAUUUGAAAAUCAAUUUUCCCCAUCUAAAAUCCACUACAGACUCCGUGUCAAGCUGAAAUUCACGCCCGAGCAGCUGUACCAGGGCCAUGAAAUGCAGCUUACGCGAAAAACCUUCUUUAUGGAGCUGUCAGGUUUGAAAUCGUCAAAGUUGAAAUAGUUUGCCAUGCAUAAAAUGCAACGCAGAAAGUGUCUGUCUUGCAGAGUAGGCAAGGGGGGCAGAUUGUAAGCCUGUUUUGAGGUAGAAAUAAAGCUGCUGAAGUAGCAUGACAAAAGGCGACUUCCUUACCCAAACAGCACGACAGACUGGAUUUCGGAUCUACCCAAAUUUGUCAUGCGCCACUUGGCAACGGGGUUGCAACUUUCAUCCAUUUUCUGCAUUACAAGUUAUUUCAACUUUGUCGAUUUCAAUCCUGACACAUCCAUAUUCUUUACCCGCGGCGAACUCGCCCUGGGCCACACCGGUCGUUAGCAUACAGAAGGGUGAAUUUCCAGUGAACAAUUUGUAUUGCGUGGCAUGAUGCAUGGAUUAAUCUUCAGGUGCAUGCGAAGAACUAGAACACGAGGACAACAUACAAGAAGCCAGCGCGCCGCGUUGAUGGGCUGCUUGGCUGGUGGCGCUUCCCUCCUGUGGACGCUUGCCGCUUGUUGCCCAAAGAGGCGCACCUGGUGGACUGCGAAGCAACGCAGGUGGCUUAGGGCGGUCUUACAACACGACGCUGCAUGAUCCGCAGACUCGAUAGUGGCGGAUCGACCGGGACGAGGGCUAUGCCUGUAAAGGGGGUCAAAGGUACUAGCUCAACAUGUCAAAAUAGAGAAGUCGCGUCACGGGUUGUGGCUGCCUCGGCUUGGAUAUCUGGAGACAGGUUGCUACGGAUGCUAGCAUCGCCUGCUUUGCUUUGUAAGUAACCUCCUCCCAGCUGUGUUCCUGCCUCAUCUUGGUCGGUUCCUCUAGUAGUCUUCUUUGACGUGACCCCCAGGUCAGGAAUUCUCUUGGUGAAUUUUGAGGCUUUGUCUUUUUGCGAAACUUUUUUGAAGCCCCAAACUCGGAGUCUCUCACGCGCUAGCGAAUUUUGAACAGGCACCGGAACCCAAAAUUCACCGGCGCCCUUUUCAAAAUUCACCCGAAAAUUCACCGAGCGCCCCUUUUCGACCGUGAUAAGCAAACUUUGGCGCAGAAAAGUGCUCAAAAAUGUGCACAGGUAGGCCCUGGGGAGUGGGGCCGAGGGGAAAAGACAAGCGCCCUCUGUUGCCCUCAGCCCGUCUAUAUUCUGCCGAAAAGGCCUGGGGAGUUCACGCGCCUGCCGGGUAGAGGCGUCAAAGCUCUCGGCCUGGUCCUUUCACUCGUUUUUUUGCGCCUUCUUCCCUAAUUGCAUGUGCUUCGCAGCCUUUCUUUUUAGCGUCUUUGCCGCGGCUGCUGCAGUGCUCUAUGCGAGCACAGGGAGACGAAUAGACAUGGCCAAAGAACGGCACCCAGGCCAUGCCUAGAAGCUGCCCGCCGCAUAAUAAAUUAAGCCUUGACUUCUGCGGUGUGCAGAACCCACUUCCCAGAAGGGCAAGAGGGAUAAUGCCCCGGCGGACUCAUCUGCAAUCUGUCAUGCAAAAUUCACUACAAAUUCGCCACUUCUCAUGCUAACGGGUGUUAAAGCUGUAACUUCUUUACCCGCGGCGAACUCGCCCUGGGCCACACCGCCCCGGCACCGCAUAUCCUGAGUAAAAACGUACCCACACCAGAGUUGUAAUGCAGAUUUGCAAAGACAGCAAGACUUGUAAUGCGCAUCCGCAUGAGAGCCAUUUCCAAUCGUGAUGUGGGAUUUGUGAUGCUGUGAACAGGAUGAGCAGAUGAAUCUGUGAUGCGGCUGCACUUGCUAACCUGCACUACACUGCAGAGCGCAAUUUGUCAUGCGUGACUCACAAAGCUCCUAGGUUUGUGUUGCAAAAUCCCCAUCCUGACUCUGGUGUGGGUACGUUUUUACUCAGGAUACCGCAGCCAAUUUUGUCACCCUCGCAGAUUGCGCUCGGAUCUCCCGAAAUGCCACUCUCGCCGCUGAUGCGACAGACGCAGGUGAAGGAGAGGAAAGAGGGCAUCAACUACGUUUUCUUCAAGGUAUAGGGAUCAGUACAACUUUUUUUUGUGCGGCUAGUAAUGCGCAUCCGUCUCCUGCCAUCUAAGGCGUAAGCGGAGCGCACGCUGCAUUUAUAUGACUUUUUUCAACUACCAAGGAAUGUGACCACCCAGGCAGGACGAGCGUAAGCUAGUGUCAUGUUGAUCAUCGCAAACCAAUCUUUGUCUUUAUGCAACGAAACCCCACAACAGGGCGCCGCGCUCCCGAAGCUUCCGGACGGCGUGACAGAGGACAACGACCCGCUCCGGACUCGUCUCUUCUACGUGGAAGACCCCAUCCUUUCCGGCGACCUCUCCGGCAACGACGGGCCGAGCAAUCUCGUGAGCAGCGAGGCCAGCGGAGACGACGGCAAGCAGCUCCCCGGCCUGGGCAAGAUCUACGUGAAUGAGAAGGGGGAGAAGAUCUACCCGGACGUUCCCGAGAACACGAAGAUCCAGGUGCAGUCGAAAAAGGGCGAGGAAACGACCCGCGUCGUGAUUCCCGGCACGCCCGAGCUGACCGCCGUCCCCGGCGGCAAGAAGGGCAAGGGGGCGAGCCCACACAUUUUGAAGCCCCCACCCGCGAAAUUGUCCAAGCCCGUGCCGAAGGCCGAGGCGAUGGCGGCGAGCAAGAGGGAAACUUCCGGCAGUCCGGAGCCCAACAAGGAACGAAAAUCUGGGCGAAAAUCCUCCAUGCGACUCGGGAAAGCGCCGUUGUGGGACGUGCACCCGAAUAUCGACGUGAUUCUCUGCUGUCCACGACCAAAAACGCUGGACAAAAUCUUCGCGCAACUCGCAAACUUCGGCGUCAGGCGAAUUUUUGUCGUGGGCGCCGCGAAGAAGGUAUUGGGUGGUUCUUUAUGUAUAGCAAGUACAUCAUCUGCAUCUGUAUGUGAUGUCCAGUAGCUGUGUAUACUUGUUCAUCGAUCCCAGUCAUACACUGCGUAUCGCUUCCAGCACCUCGUUUCGACGAGGAAAGCUAUCAUGGUCCUCAUCAUUUUUUCAUGCUCGAGAAUAGAACAAGUUUAAGAUGAAAUUCAAAUUAUCCAAACCGAUUCCUCCAUCACAACAGGUCGAGCCGUCCUAUUUCAGCAACACGAAAAAACUGUCCCCCGAGAACAUCGAAAGAGCGCUUCUCGAGGGUCUGUCCCAGUCCGCGUAUUACACCCGGAUGCCGAUGGUCCGGGUGUUGCCGAAACUCAGCAUCACGGAAUUGUUGAAGUCCGGGUUCGGCAUCAACAGCAAGAUCUCACCCAAGAUCGAGAAGAACCGCGGCCCGGAGCUCCCGCCGGACCCGACGGACAAGUCGACGCAACUCACCUUCGCGAACCACGAGGAAGCUUUCAGCGACGUGAUGACCAGUGCCCAGAUGGAGGAAACGACGAUGUUCGCAGUUCGGGGGAAGACUUGUGCGAACAACUACCAGUACGGGAGUCUCAACCUAGUCGCGCACCCGUCCUCCACUUCCAGGAAAAUCUCCGACAUCAUCUGCGACGACACCUACGCCGCGUUUCGGGGCGGGUUCUUGGGGAAAAGAGCCUACAACCGCAUUGUGCUCUGCAUCGGACCGGAGGGCGGCUGGACGGACCACGAGCUGGAACACGAAUUAACCGCGUUCGAACAGGUGUCGCUCGGGCCCCGGGUCUUGAAGACGUCGGACGCCACGCAAAGUGUGUUGACCUUGCUGUACGAAGAGCUCGGGAUCUAGAGGGUUGGUGACAUGAUCUUCAUCACGACCAUCACGAGGACGAGCCAUUCGACAUGCAGGGUUCUGCACUGAUUUCUCAAGCGACACAAAAAUAGGAUUUUUUAUAGCGACUUUAUCUUUAUUCGAGUUUACAGACCAAUAGCAAUAGCAAAGUAGUAGUUCAGACAGAGACAGCUCUGUCACUAUUCACUACAGUUUAUUCCAGAAUUUUCAAAGAAAUCUUUUACAGACACAGUUUUCAUCAUCCUAGCAAUAGCAAUAGCUUAGUUGCUACCACUCAGAGGCGACAAACAAAAACAUAACGGUUAGCACUUCUAAACUUGUAGUUUAUCGUUGUAGCGACAACUAUCACAAUUACCUAUCUUUAGAAUUCAGUAUAUGCACGACAAUCAAGUACGAGUUUGAAUUUGAGCGGAGGUGUAGCUUUUGGCAUACGACUAGCACGAUUUAGUUGUAGCAGUAGCGCAGAAGGAGCAAGACGCAUUUGCUGUUCGAGGUGAUAAGUUAAGACAACUUCACUUCAUUUGUACACCAUUCGGCGACUACGACUACGAGAAAGAGGCCUGUUGCGCUUUGUACCGAAAAGGAGGGUCGUGCUAGAUGUAUGAUUCACAAAACGUUCAAACCUGUACCUACUAUUGAAGAUUUGAAAUGUACAUUCUUGCGUAGAAGUUUUCCCGGGCUGCCAAGGGUCCAGCCUCUUCCUACUUUUGCCCUCUUCUACUUUUUCCUCUUUAUUGCCUACUCCAACCAGGUAGAGCUAGC